AUGCCGACCAAGCCCAAGCCUGACCCACGGGAGUUGUUCUUGAUCGUCGGUCAGAGUAUAGAUGUUGUAAAAUUGCUGAUGCUAUGCGGGGACGUUGAGGUAAACCCCGGUCCUGAUACGCCUAACAAGCAGCUUGAUGAAAUGUGCAAACCGCUUCAAGAUGGUCAAUCUAAACUACUAAUGGUUGUAAAUGAAAUCAAAACAAAUCAACAGCAGUUGGAAGACAAAAUCACUGGCAUCUCCAACCGACUCCAGAAUGUGGAAACUAAGACUAAUGCUCUUGAUAGACUGGAUUGUGAAGUACGCACUACACAUCAGGUUCUAGAAGAAGUUAAAAAAAAUGCAUUCUUGCGUGCUAGACUUGACGACCUUGAAGAUCGGUUUCGGCGAUACAAUCUGAUCUUUCAUGGCAUAGAUGACUCGCCCUCAGAGACCUGGGCCCAAUCUGAGCAAAAAGUACACUCGCUGCUUUCUAAUGUCCCUGAGCUGAGCAUUUCUGAUGAGGGAAUCACUCGCGCGCACCGACUUGGGACUUUUUCUCGAAAUAAGUGUCGAUCAGUAAUAGUAAAAUUUGUUUCAUCCAAAACUAGAGAGAGUAUCCUCUUGGCAAAAGCUAAACUAAAAACAUGGAACGUCUCCUUCAAUGAAGACUUCGCACCAGCCACACGUUAUACAUGCAAGAAGUUGUUUGAUUUCGCAAAAUCUCAGAGUCCCGAUAGUAUAUUUAAGAUAAGGUACAACAGGCUUCACCUAAACAAGAAGUGUUACGCCUACUGCAGUACGAGUGACGAAGUUUAUGAAAUUUCUAGUGCUACCAGUGCUACUAAUAGAGGUGCCGAGUCACUCCAAUCGCAACACGUGCAAGAAUCAGCAACGUCAUAACAAUCGUGCACUCUUCCAGUCAAAGAUU